CAGGCGGCAGGCCUGCGCCCCGCCACCUCUCGGUUAUCGCGGCCCGCAUAACAGCUGAGUCGCUUGGCGACAGCCGACUUGUUAAAUCGGUACUAUAAAAUCGCGCCAGUGCUUUUAAAAAAUUUAAUCUCCGCAAAAACACGCAUUCUCUUGCUUCAAAUAUUUUUUUUUAUUGCCAAAUCGCCGUUCUGGCGCGAUCCAUUUUCAAAACUAAUAAGCGGGAACUUCAUAUUUGAACGUCAAUCAAACGGUCUAUUAAUUUUGUGUCAAAUUUUAUGGGAUAAGAUGUUGGACUGCACAAAAAUCUGAUGUUAUUUAUGUUUUGUUAACGUUUACCUUAGUUCGGACAGUGUUUAAUAGAUAAAUUAGGUAAUUUGAUUACUCGCGAUAAGUUUUAAAAAGUCUUCCAUAGUUGUAUCAAGAAAUUAUUGUGUCAAAUCGAAAAAUGGAGAAGAACGGUGGAUCUCGGCUUCUUCAAAUGCAGGCCCGCUUCCAACAGAAGCAGCUCCAAGAGAGGGAGAUGAAAAUAGCGACUCUGUACGAGGCGCAGCAGGCCAGGGCGUUGGAGCGCGUGAGACAUUCACCCAGCAACGGUGUCAGCUCAUCCCCGCCACAGCAGGCGCCGGCGUCGCAUCACCCCGGGAAGGACCGGGAACAGAAGAUAGCAAACUUAUACGAGACGCAACAGAACCGAGCGCUGGACCGCAUCAGGCAUUCGCCCAGCAACGGUCUACCAGCACAGGAGCCCAUAGUGUCCCAUCAUCCGGGAAAGGUCCGGCAGAUGUUUGAAGAGCGUCGUUCCAAAGGCAUCGACAAGAGCUACCCGCUGCAGCCGAUACACAAUACGGACAGGCCGACGAGGAAACCUGUACCCAACGGAUUCUCGAAGGUUUCCACCGCCAGCACCAGGGUCACAGAGCGGAAGGCUGUCAGGAGCAGCGUCACCAGCUCGCAUGUUGUUAAGAAGCAACAUAAAACUGAAAAUAUAAUGAAUGGAUCCGGCGAUCUCAACCACAAUCACGAACCGGAUCUCAACUCUGUAAAGAAGUCGAUGCCUCACAGCAACGGCGAGCUGAUCCACAGUAUAGACGAGCUGGACAAGGACAACAAUUACCUCUUGGAGAACGAGACAUUCCCUGAUGCUUUGGCCCCCACACCCACGCCGAGGUCGCCUGACCCUCAACCGCUUAGCAAACCUCAGAGAAGAAGUCCGGCCCCAAAGACGAGUCCAGUGAAAACGAAGCCAGCUGUGACUGCGCCCCCCAAGAAAGCCGCCAGUGAAACUAACACAGUGUCAGACAAUAGGGCCCGCGGGGCCAUGCAGAGGGGGCCUUCUAAUCCUGUAGCACCUAGAAGGCCGGCAGCGGUGAAACCUAGCUCGGCGUCGAAGCGCUCGGCCACGUCGUCGUCCAGCGUCGCGGGCGCGGCGGGCGGCGCGGGCGAGCCGUGCGCCGUGUGCGGCCGCCGGUUCGCGCCCGACCGCCUCACCAAGCACGAGGCCAUCUGCAAGAAGAACGCCAACAAGAAGCGGAAGCCGUUUGACGCCCUCAAGCACAGGCUAGCGGGCACAGAAGCGGAGCCGUUCAUCAACAAACUGCGCAAAGGCGGCGCGCCGUCCUCGACGAAGGUCGGCAAGCCGCUGAACAGCAACUGGCGGCAGAAGCACGAGGAGUUCAUCAGCGCGAUCCGCGCCGCCAAGCAGGUGAAGGCUCACCUCGACGCUGGAGGCAAACUAAGCGACCUCCCGCCACCGCCGCCGUCCGAGAACCCCGACUACGUGCAGUGUCCGCACUGCAGCCGCCGCUUCAACCAGGCCGCCGCCGAGAGGCACAUCCCCAAGUGCGCCAGCUACCAGUUCAACAAACCCAAACCCGCCGCCAAACGACGGUAAAUACCGUCAAAAUAACAAAAAAAAAACAAUUCCAACACGACUAAUAUAAAAUUCAAAUUUUAAAUUUCGAACCGUUAAGAUUCGAUCGAUCUCAAA